AUGGUAUGCGCAAUACCUAAUGAUGAACCUAACGAUUUCCACAACGAGGAAUUCUUAUCAAAACAGCAGCAUCACCGCUACCCACCACCAGCCACCACAGAAAACCAAUCACAGACCGUCGAUUUAAGGAUUGCUUGCGACAAAACGAUUGUGCAUGUUCAGUUUCAUGCGUCGAUAUGCUACACGAUAACGAAAACAGCUGGUCAUGCUGCCAUCAAUGGUGGGAAUGAAGAAACUGAUAAAAGGAGUUUGCAUAACUUUCCCGGAAGCCGCCUUAAAAUGAAUUUACUUUUUUCUCGAGCAUCUACAGCGUAG